AUAGCGAAGACGGAAAUUAUUAAAAAAGAAAAAAAAAAAGCAAGAAAGAAACAAAUAAGCUCUUCCUAGCGAACACAGUUUUUCGUCUACCAUAAAUGGAGUAAGAGUAAACCAAUUUUCUUUUCGCGCCCUUUCUUUGAUAAUUUCACCCAACAAUUUGGUGCCGAGAUUCUCUCCGCUGCUUCACUUCCCCCAGACGCUUACGCUUCCCGAGAAACGGAUUUUCUCCUACAUUUUAUGCAAUAAUUGGGCGUAAAUUUGCCGCCGUAGUCUGCAAUUGCUGGAAUUUUGUCGUUCUGCGCCAACAAUGGUUUCCGAGCAGCAGUUAUCCGCAAUUGAGGGCGCAAAAGUGCUUAUGGUGGGCGCCGGCGGCAUAGGGUGCGAGCUACUGAAAACCCUCGCGCUGUCGGGGUUUAGAGAUAUCCAUAUUAUUGACAUGGAUACAAUUGAAGUCAGCAACCUAAAUAGACAGUUCUUAUUUCGACAAUCACAUGUUGGGCAGUCGAAAGCCAAAGUUGCUCGAGAUGCAGUAUUGAAAUUCAGGCCCAACAUCAGCAUCACAUCCUACCAUGCCAAUGUGAAAGACCCUGAUUUCAAUGUUGAUUUCUUUAAGCGGUUCAAUGUUGUUCUGAAUGGGCUUGACAAUUUGGAUGCCAGACGGCAUGUCAACCGCCUUUGCUUGGCAGCAGAUGUGCCGUUGGUUGAAAGCGGUACCACUGGCUUUCUGGGACAGGUUACUGUUCACGUGAAGGGUAAAACAGAAUGUUAUGAAUGUCAGCCUAAGCCAGCUCCAAAAACUUACCCUGUUUGUACUAUUACAAGUACUCCUUCAAAGUUUGUACACUGUGUAGUAUGGGCGAAGGACCUGCUUUUUGCAAAAUUAUUUGGACCCAAAAAUCAGGAAAAUGAUUUGAACGUCCGUUCUAGUGAUUCUUCAAGCUCAUCUGAACAAGUUGAAGAUGUUUUUGAACACAAAAAUGAUGAAGACAUUGAACAAUAUGGAAGGAAGAUAUUUGAUCAUGUAUUUGGUUAUAACAUUGAGUUAGCUUUGUCGAAUGAAGAUACGUGGAAAAAUCGUAGCAGGCCAAGGCCUAUAUACAGCAAAGAUGUUAUUCCAACUGAGUAUGUUCUCCAGAAUGGAAAUCAAGGUAAAGGUUCAGCAGCCGAAGAUCUGUCAUCAGUGUCUGCAAUGGCAACUCUAGGUCUGAAAAAUCCACAGGAUCUUUGGAGCUUGAGGGAGAACUCAGCAGUAUUUCUCGAGGCUCUAAAAUUAUUUUUAUCAAAACGACAAAAGGAAAUUGGUAACUUGAGUUUUGACAAAGAUGAUCAGCUGGCUGUAGAAAUUGUUACUGCUGCGGCAAAUAUCAGAGCUUCUUCAUUUGGCAUCCCCUUGCAUAGCCUUUUUGAAACUAAAGGUAUUGCUGGAAAUAUUGUACAUGCUGUUGCCACAACAAAUGCUGUCAUUGCUGGAUUGAUUGUGAUCGAGGCCAUUAAGGUGCUGGAGAAUGACGUUAAGAACUAUAGGAUGACUUACUGUCUUGAGCAUCCUUCAAAAAAGAUGCUACUCAUGCCAGUUGAGCCCUUUGAGCCAAACAAGUCUUGCUAUGUUUGCUCCGAGACACCUUUGACGCUUGAGAUUAAUACACAUCGUUCAAAGCUGAGGGACCUUGUCGACAAGAUUGUGAAAGCAAAACUUGGCAUGAACUCGCCCCUAAUCAUGCAAGAUUCCACACUUCUUUAUGAGGUUGGUGAUGAUCUUGAUGAAGGAGAGGUUGCCAACUAUGCAGCAAAUCUCGAAAAGGUGCUAUCUGAGCUUCCUUCUGCAGUCCGUGGCGGAACAAUUCUUACUGUUGAGGAUCUUCAACAAGAGCUUAAAUGUAGCAUUAAUGUCAAGCACAGGGAGGAAUUCGAUGAUGAGAAGGAACCUGAUGGAAUGGUUCUCUCUGGCUGGACACAAGCUCAGGCAGCAGAAAAGAACGGCAAUGCAUCAGCUGACAAUGGUGCGAGCACCUCUGGCGCGUCUCAAGCUGCUUCUGCUGUGCCCGAGGAAGACGAUGACAUACAAAUCAUUCCAGCGGUGUCAGGAAAGAAGAGAAAGCUAUCCGACGUUUCUGGUGCUGAUAAUUCUGAUGCUUCGCCUGCUGCCAAGGAACCAAAGAUCAAGAGAAAGGCAGAAGAGAUUGAGAUCGACGGCAACGACAUUGUCAUGCUGGACGACGGCGAUGCCGCGAAGAAAGGAGAAGCAUAGCAAGACCCAUUUUUGGGUUUGUUAGACUUUUUGACGAGCACCCUCUCGCCCUAACUUGGUAGAUUACAAAGAGAAAGGUGAUUCUUUUUGGUGCUUGUUAACUUAUAGACUUCUGAAUUCUAGGCACCUUCAAUUUUUGAACAGGAGCUUUGGUCGGAUCUAAUGUGAAUGUGCAACUGAUUUUGCCCUCUUCCUAUCAUGUACUCUACUCUUAAGUCUCUGAAUUAGGUUGAGCUUUAAUACUAACAAUUGUAAUUUUUCACUCUUACUAUUUUGGUACCAAGUAACUUGGAAAUUUAGGAAAAACAUGUAUGAUACAGUUAUUUUGCUAUUUUGGUAAUAUGAUAGUGUGGAAAUGCAUGCUUUCGAUA